AUGAAAGUAUUCACAUGCAUUUUGGCACUGGCCGUAGCUUCUGUUCAAGGUGGAUUCUGGCCUCAAGCUGAUCAGGCUGUGGUUCAUCAUGGCGGUGAUAUUCAUCAUGGGCUUGUUGUGGACACCCAUCACGUUGAACAACAUCCCGUUUAUCAUCAUGCCGAACAGACUGCCAUUGCAGAUAUUGGUUUUGUCGACAACCAUCAUGGUGUAGUUGCCGAGGAUGUACGCAACGUGCCCGCUGUCAAGGUCAUUCAACAUGAACCUAUUCAUCAAGUUGAACCCGUUCAUCAUGUCACCAAAGUCCUUCACCAUGAACCUCAUCAUUUCUUGCACUACACCAAUCCGGUGGUCGAUCAUCAUGUCAUCCACAACAAUCACCACAUUGAUGAACAUCAUCAUGCUGCCGAUUUGCAUCACAGUGAAUUACAUCACGGUGAUGUGGCUCAUAAUGGCGAAGUUGUACAUCACGGUGAUGUUCAUCAUGCUGCUGUCCUACAUCAUGGAGAUGUUUUGCACCAUGAUGGUAUUUUGGAUCAUGCUGGUAUUGUUCAUCAUGCUGAUGUUAAUAAUCACGCUGCUGUUGUUUACCAUGCCGAUAUUCACAAACAUUCGGCUAUUGUUCAUCACGUUAAGCCUACCUAUCAUCACAGUGAUGCCGUAGUUACAAAAAUUUAUCCCUCGAAAGUUUAUGGCCAUUUCGCAAAAGAUUUUGGCAAAGUUAAAGUAAUUAAAAAACUUUAUUGA